AUGGAGACUUCCUUGCUCAGCAUGUACGCGAGGUGUGGAAGCCUGGACGACGCGAAGCGCGUGUUUAACAGGAUGAAGACGAGAGACGCCUUCUCUUGCAAUGCGAUGAUCGCCGCCUUCACACAGCACGUCUUUGUGAUGGACCACGGGGUGGUACCAUUGGUGGAGCACUACCUUUGCAUGGUGGACGUUCCGGGCCGCUCGGGAAGACUGGGAGACGCCGAAGAGCUGGUGGAAACUAUGCCAUAUCAAGCAGAUGCAGGGGCCUGGAUGACUUUACUGUCGGGUUGCAAGCGCCACGGUGACUUGGAUCGUGGCGAGAGAGCCGCCAGGAAAGUUUUCGAGCUAGCACCGGCAGAAACUCUCCCUUACGUCUUCCUCUCCAACAUGUACGCGGCUGCCAAGCGAUUUGACGACGCUCGAAGAGUCCGGAAGGAGAUGAAGGAGCGCAGAGUGACGAGGCCAGUGGCAGUAAGCUGCAUCGAGAUUGACAGCGAGCUACACAUGUUUACGAGUGGUGGUAGAGACGAGCAGCAGGAGGGUCACGACGGCCGGACGAUGGAGAGGGUCCGGUCCCUGCUGCUGGAACUUUUAGAGCCCAUGAAGCAAGCUGGAUACGUCCCCGACACGAGGGAAGUUUACUUGGAGCAGCAGGGUGGCACAAGCGAGGAGGAGAAACAACGUAGCCUGUGCUUCCACAGCGAAAGGCUUGCCAUCGCCUACGGACUGAUCGCUGCCAAAGAUCCAGACGAUUCUCGUCCGCUGAGAGUCGUCAACAGCCACCGGGUGGGCUCCACUCUGCGAUCAAACUCCUCUCAGAUAUCACUUAGAGGAGGAUUUUUGUGA